CUUCCUUUGAUUUUCUGCUUCUCGAUGCGCUGACUCCCUCACUCACUCAGUGUUCGUUGGUUUGUUCGGUUGUCCACUUCUCACCUCCACCAAGAUGUCUGGGCGCGGAAAAGGAGGCAAGGCAAAGGGCAAGAGCAAGACCCGUUCCAGCCGCGCGGGGCUCCAGUUUCCCGUGGGAAGGAUCCACCGACUACUGCGAAAGGGCAACUACGCGGAGCGAGUAGGUGCCGGUGCCCCCGUCUACUUGGCGGCCGUACUCGAGUACCUGGCUGCCGAAGUGCUCGAGCUGGCAGGAAACGCGGCCAGGGACAACAAGAAAACUAGGAUCAUCCCUCGACACCUGCAGCUGGCCAUUCGCAACGACGAAGAGCUCAACAAGCUGCUGUCCGGAGUUACCAUCGCGCAAGGAGGUGUCCUGCCCAACAUCCAGGCCGUCCUCCUUCCCAAGAAGACCGAGAAGAAGGCCUAAACCAUCCCGCGGCAUCCGCUACAGAAAAACGGUCCUUUUCAGGACCACUCAUGACUUGAGUACAGGAUACUCAUUUCCGUGCGCUAGUCUUCCGUGUCUCUAAACGCUCGGGUAUGUGCAUUUCAAUUUCCUUUUUGUGCAAUGCCGACAGUGUUUCUCUUUCAUCACCUACAGGCCUUGAAUGCCACUCUUAGGCAUUCUCCCAUGCAUAAUAUUUACGCUGCGUUUAAUGCCAAAUUCUUUCACGUGUGCGAAUUGCCCGAA